AUGCACAAUCAUCGCUUUAAGUCACUUGUUCCACCAGAGAAGCUGUUGGUGUACAACGUGAAGCAAGGUUGGAAACCGCUGUGUGAUUUCUUGGGCUGCGGGGUUCCAACUGUUGCCUUCCCACAUGAAAAUGUUAAGGGCGAAAUUGCUGAAGUUCCUUUGUCUGAGACAAGGUCUGGUCGGCAGGUAAUAUUGGAGAUACAGAGAGCUCUGAUUGUAAUCCUUUCCGUUAUCGUAGUUAUUGUAGGUUCAUUUUUUGUCUUUUUCUAUGAUUAACUGUGACUAUAAUUGCAACCUUGCAUUGGCCAAGAUAACGUUUUAAUAAAAUGCAUGCACUUCUGGCAUCGUAAGAUAAAGUAUAAGUUGUAUAAUUGAAUACAUAUAUCCGUGCUGUACCGUGUUAAUGAGUUGAAAAUUGCUUGCGUAUAGCUUACGGUGAGGUAAAUGCAGAUUUAUAUUAGAAACUUCACCAUAUAUAAUUAAUAUACAGGGGCGUAGCUAGGAAGGGUCCUGGGGUGCCCGUGACCCCCCCUUGGUAGGCCUUCUUUUCAGCAAACAACCUACAAUAUUCAGGUGGCGAAAACGCCAUGACAAUAUCUUGGCCGUAAAAGCCAUUGUUGAAAAGCCCACUUUUUAUGUAAAGUAUUUUCGUCAACGGCUCUUGUCUUUAGUUAAUAUGGGCCUUCAUUCCGCGAUACUACGACUGAGCCCGCUGAUACACGAGGGAGAGCAGCGACGCACGGCGUGGAGGUCGACGUGACAAUCUGGUGAGAAGCCUCUGUGACCCCCCCUUUGGAAAAUCCUGGCUACGCCCCUGAUAUAUUUUUCACUUGUAUGUCAUAUAUGUCAUAGCCUGAAAUAUUCAGAACAUAACUCUGUCGAUUUGUUCGCUGUUCCCGAGAAAAUUUUCGCGGGGUGCUAGUGCAGUGCAGCUUCAAUAUCAUGUUGACGUCAUUAUUAGAGAGAAUUAGAAUCGCGUUCAAGGCAAACAGCAAACGUCAAAUUGUACCACGUGACCAAGUUUUUUCUUUACUUGUCGUGUACUGUUAAACUACUAUCACUCUACGCCUGAAGAACAACUGGGAAAUGAGGGUCCUACUGACCUAAUUUCUCCUAAAUGCCAUUCUGAAUUCUGUGACUUUGCUAUGGUUAGGCAAGACACUAUUAAAGAAUAUACUGAAAAGUCAGCGCUCAAGCCGUGCAAUCUUGAUCCUUAAUACCUGCCUCAGGGAUGAAGAACUGUUUAGAUAUACUCAUUGCCAGUAAUAACGAAAAUGUUUAUUUUAUCACUCUCUUCUGGAACCAUGCCCGAUGCACUCAAAAUUGCUGAGCUCCUACCAGCCAUUAAGAAACCUGAUGCUGAUUUUACGAACUUGUCUUUUUAUAAUUUUCGUCCGAACUCGAAUUUGAAAAUGGUGUCCAAAGUCAUUGAAAAGGCGGUGGCAGUACAGUUAAUAGCCCGUGUUUAUACCCACCACCUAAAUGAACGGUUCCAGUCAGGUUACAAACUCUGAUCUAUCACUCUGCUGAGACUGCUCUUGUAAGAGUGCAGAAUGACAUUCUUUGUGCCAUUGACAGUAACCAUACGUACAUACAUACAUACAUACAUACACACUUACAUUUUUUAUUGUGUUUUCAGGUAAAAGUACAAUUAUAACAUGUCCGCGGGUAGCUAAGCUAAUCUAGGCGGGUCAUGUUUACAGUGAUUCUUUUAUUAUUAGAUCUUUCUGCGGCUUUCGAUACUGUAGACCAUUCUGUUCUGUUAUCUAGAUUAUCAGACCGAUUUGGUGUCAAUGGUACGGUUCUCAAGGGUGGGUCUUGGGCCCCCUUCUUUAUGUAUUAUACACCGCACCUGUUGCUGACAUCAUUAAGUCUCAUAAUCUACAGUAUCAGUUCUAUGGUGACAACACACAAUUUCACGACACCUUUAAGACUAACUGUGAUGUUGAUGCUGGCCUGUCCAGGUCAAGGGUUGAACACUGUGUUGCAGAUAUCAGGGGCACCCAACGACAAUUUUCGGAAAAAUAUCUGUUCGGAAGACGAUUUGAGAUCUAGAAUUUUCGGAACAUUUGUUGUAAAAUUUCUUGCUUGCCUGCUUCUCCUAGGAUUUUCUAACAUCUAAAAAAUGGUAUAAUUGUCUAUUUUUGACGGAUUUUUACGCUAAAAAGAUAACCUAGAAUUUUCGGGAGCCUUUUUUCUGGCUGAAAUUUUCGAAAAGGGAAGUUUUGAUCCCUAUAAUUUUCUGAUCACUAGACUUUCAGCUAGGAAAUCCGAACAGAUGAAAACUUUUUAGGGGAUAAAAAUAUAAGUAUAUCUACCGUUUAAAUACCAAAAUACGUUUAACAAUGCUAUGUUUAAGUGGUUUUGAACUAUAUUCUCGUUGGGUGCCCCCGUUUAAGACCAACUGUGAUGUUGAUGCUGGCCUGUCCAGGUCAAGGGUUGAACACUGUGUUGCAGAUAUCCGUAGAUGGAUGACUAAUAAUAAGCUAAAUAUUAACGAGAAUAACACGGAGUUAUAUACUCCAUGCAAGUAUCGAUCACGGCCAAUGGUCACUUCUAUUCACGUGGGAGUUGAAAACAUUAAACACCAGCCCUUUGUAAGAAAUUCGGGAGUGAUACUUGACCAGGAUAUAUAUCACCUAAAUAUCAGAUCAAUAGGCUGCAAUUAGUAUUGAACACUGCUGCGAGUGUGGUCACUCUUGCUUGCAAAUAUGACCAUAUAAUGACUCCUUUAGUAAAGUCCGGCUGCACUGGUUACCUGUAUCUCAACGAUUUACUUUUAAGAUUUUCUAUUAAUUUAUAAAGCACUUUACGGCUUGGCGCCUAUUUAUCGAUCCGACGUUUUGGCCCCGCGCGCUGGUCUAAACGUUCACUUAGAUCUUGUUCUCAGGAGUUUUUAAGAGCUCACGACUGUAAAUAUCGAAAAUCGCUGGCCAGGCUAAAAAAAUAGAAAAUUCUCAUAAUUUGUCAUAAUUUGUCCGGAAUCUAAAUCCGGAUUCCCCAAACAAACGCGAAAUCCGAUAACGGAUUUUACCUCCGAGAAAUCCGUCCUCAGGGUGGAUUUCAAUUAAGAAAUCCAAAUCCGGAAUUUUUGGAUUACCCUGUUACCGUUCGAUUGGGAAAUCCGAAAAAAGAUUUGCAAAACUAUUCUCGUGAACAGCGGUCUUCUUUUUACUAAUUAUGCGUGCGCAUGCAAGACCGCUGUUCCUAAGUACAGUUUUUCACAUCCUUUUUAGGAUUUCCCAAUUGAACGGUAAAAAGGAAAAUCCAAAAACAAAUAUUUCGGAGUUGAAAUCCGUUUUUGGAUUUCGCGUUCGAUUGGAAAUCCGAAAUCCGGAUUUUAAAAUCUAAAUCCAGAUUUCCCAAUCGAACGCACCCUGUAUGUGCUUGUGUGGUCGAUCUGUCAUGCAAAUAUAUUUAAAGUUCGUUGUUGUUGUUGUCAGAGAUGCUGAAAUCUGAUUUUUUACUACGUAUUCUCGACAACAAACCGUCCCUUGGUUUAUUUCUUUACCUUUUCACAAAUAGAGGCAUAAUUAGAGAAGAAGUUCAUACGGUCCAGUGGUUUCUCCCCUACAAAGCAUCUUUACCGCCCAAACCGUAGUGUGUGAAUCUAUACGCGGCCUGUACGCGCAACCCACGAACCAAAGCAAGUUCCAACCGACGCCGCGGAAGAACUGGAAAAGGAGACUACAGUCCAACCUCCCGUAAGCGACCACCCAAAAUGCGAAGACAUAGUGGUCGAUUAUGGUAGGUGGUCUCUUACGAGAAUCGAACCACAGGUCGGAGGUUUCUUCUGAGAAGAAAACCCGACUAGGAGCCGAGUAAUCGGCUCCUGGCCCGACACAAUUUAAGGAAGAGAAUUUAUUGCAUGCAAUUUCCAAGUUACGAUAUGUGCAGUUCCAUUUUGUUGUUGUUCCUACCAUAAGAGAUCAGCAAACUCGUCAAGGGGUCGCGUACAAGAGGUUAAAAACAUUGCAAAAUCAUUAAACCGUCAGUUCCAAUUAGUGGUUACAGUCGCUUACAGGAGAGAUCCCAACUGUCUGAGACUUAAACCGAGUACGUUUUGGUGUUUUGGAUAGGUGGUCGCUUAAGGGAGGUGAUCACACAUGGAGGCUCAACUUUACUCCAAUUUUUCCGUCAGAGUAACUCCGUUUCACGUCGGUGCGACUAGGAUUUCUCGAUGGGAGAUUAGACUCCUUCUUCACCACUUUUGAGCUACUCUAACCGACUCCCACCCAUACCAAGUGCUUGCAAAACGUAACAUCUUCUUGAAAAGAGAAGUAUCAGAAAGGUCAUCCUUCGCGCCCCUGACCUAUCGCAGUAAGCGGCAACGAACUUCAGUAUCGACGUAAGUACCAUUUACUAACCGGGCAGUGGGGCGAUGCAGAGCAGUUUACAACAGACCCGAGUUUUGUUUAAAGAAACACCUGCCUUUUCCUCAGAAGUAUUUAUGUCAGUACCCGCAAUGUCCCAGCUUGCGCCUUCACACCAGAACGUCCGAUCAAAUCACUGUGUAGUUGAUAGCGAGCAAGAGGCUAAAUAACAUAGCGAGAGGUACCAGUAAUUUAUAAGUAAGUAGCAUCGGCGUUUUUAUUUACGCCUAACCGUUUCCCAAAGUAAAGUAGGAAAGAACUUAAGAAAAAGGGAAAGAAGAUUUAUGCGAUAAAACUGCUCUUCAAUUGAUGUUUAGCUAUGGCCUAUGGGAUACCCUGGGUGCCAGAGGCUUUUCAUGCGCGGUUUCAGGUUUCGGUCAUGUCUUACAAAAUGACCCGCGCGAAAAGCUUCGCCGCUCGUGUCUUCGGCCUUUGGCCGACGAAACGAAGCUCCUCGUCGCACGCGAGAAAAAACCUCUUGUACCCAGGGUACCUACGGGAGGGAGUGGGGGCUAUUUAAUCGCUGAAUAACAUGUGACGUUACCAAAAAAUAUGACGGAAAAAGCCAUUUUUUUCCUUGGUUUGGAAUUUUGACCAUUAAAAUUUUAGCUCUAGCCAUUUCGUGAUACCAGGGAAAAAAAUCCAAUAUUUAGAUAUUUCCCUCUUAGCAGCGGGCCCUCUAAUUAGUUACUCUGCCCUUAAAAUUUAAACGGCAUCUAAUAUUAUUUCUCCGCUGGAACGAAACAUGAAAAGAACGGCUGAUUACAGAUUGUCGAUGUAGCUUGAGGCGGGGCUUCUGGUCUGCUUGUGACCCUUCUUAUCAAGAAGACCCCAAAUCAAGGUCCUAUGUGGCGAGGAUAUUUGCUGUUUUAGGUUAAUUCUGUGCUAAAGUCAUUACUUAUUGUCUGUACCCAGUAAUAAAUUGUUCCUGCAGAGUUACAUGUGGGGCACGAAGAAGAUAUCAACAAACACAUUUUAUCAGGGAACGUCUCAGGGAGCACUAACCAAAAAUAUAUGUUUUUGUGGGUGAUGCAUUUGAAAAAGAUGGCCCAAUUUUUUUAAUUUUUAGUUCAUACCCAUCCUUUCCAUCAGGAGCAACCACAGAUAACCCAAGCUCGAAAAAUGAGCAUUUGCGAGCAUCGGCAUCAGGGACGUAGCCACGCCACAGCCAAUAGACCUGUAGGCGCGGGCCUAAAAAAAUUUUUGGUUUGACCACUCCCUACCGCUUUUAAUGAAUUAUGCGUUAUUGGGGUGAACUAGAAAGCUCAAGAGGUCAAAGUGUUUGGUCAGACUAGUCAUGCGUGCAGUUUUCAGGAUAUGUGAAAAUGAAAGUCAGCCAGGCCUACAAAUAGUCGAAAAGCUGGCUACGCCCCUGGGCAUUGUUGGGUAACAUUAGGAAUAUAAGAAUUUGUAUGGGGAAAAAACCUAUCUUUUCUGUAACCUACAUAAAAUGUGUUAAUGAUAUAUGAAAUAAAUCAUGUAUGAACUGCGGAAAUGAAAUGAAAAUGAAGAAAUGAUAGUCGCAGUGAACGCAAUUUAUGCAAUUGCGUAAAGAAGCCUGAAAAAAAAAUUGAGGACUUGAACGGGGUUUGAACCCGUUACCUCGCGAUUACUGGUGUGAUGCUCUACCAACUGAGCUAUGAAGCCAGGUCAAUUGUGGGUUCAUAUGUUUCCGUGAAAGAAAUGAGUGUUAAUGAUAUACGAAAUAAUUGCAUAAAUUACGUUCACUGCGACGAUCAUUUCUUCAUUUUCAUUUCAUUUCCGCAGUUCAUAUAUGAUUUAUUUCAUAUAUCAUUAACACUCAUUUCUUUCACGGGAACAUAUGAAACCACAAUUGACCUGCUCCCAACGUCAGUGGCUUCAUAGCUCAGUUGGUAGAGCAUCGCACCGCUAAUCGCGAGGUCACGGGUUCAAACCCCGUUGAAGUCCUGAAUUUUUUUCAGGCUUCUUUACGUAAUUGCAUAAAUUGCGUUCGCUGCGACGAUCAUUUCUUCAUUUUCACUACAUAAAAUUUGUUACAUAUCUGUGACGUCACGAUGGCCAAACACAUUGGACAGCCGCGCUCACGAGUUUAUGACUCCUUCCUGAUCUCAACUUUGUUGUCCAACAUGUGUGCAUUAUCAGCUGUGUUCCCAAACUAGCUAGGAAGUAUGAGAUUGAACAUUGAUCGCGAUCUAGUAAAACAAUUAACUGGUCAGCGGACACCUUCCAUUUAAAUCUCGUCACCUCUAUGAGUUGACACAUGAGUCCGCGAUGUGGUCAUGUGAUACUGGUCAGUGGCUAUCCUGUUUUGACAGCUGUCAAUAGGCUAUUUCCGAGUUCCAAAAAAUCUCACUUUCAAAACGAGGCUAAGUGCGAAACCCUUUGUUGUGAAAAUGAGUUGUAUUUGCAUCAUAAUUAAAACUCAUUUUCAUAACAAUGGCUUCGCACUUAGCCUCACUUUGAAAGUGACAUUUUUUGGAACUCGGAAAUGGCCUAUUGACAUAUUGUGAAUGUCGAAUAUAAAAGAUGUGGAUUUGCCAAAACACGCCUGAGACACCCCUCCCUUCCUUUUUAUAGUGUCUCCUACCCCACCCGUACCAUUUGUAGACGCGUACAUACGUACGUACGUACGCUCGGUCAAUCACGUGACAACCAAACGAAAAGAGGUUGACCAUAUUCUGUGAGUAUGGGGCUUGGAUUUUCUUCUCCAGUCGAUUAACGCAGUUUCUAUAGCUUUAAUAGAAGAAUUAAAAGAUACAUUGAAAAUAGGUACAAUUUAUGAUCCAGAGCAAUCAAUGGAGGUAAAA